AUGAGCAGGUUCCACCGCGAUGGCUAUGUGGAAGUCAGCGGUGCCCCCGCGGCUUUCGCGACCCGGCCGGCGGCGCCGCGGGGGCGAGGCGCGCCGCCGCCCUUCGACGGCCCCGCGCGGCGGGAGGCCGGCCUGGUCGGCGGGGUGGCGAGCAUGCUCGGCCUCGGGGGCGGGCCAGGCACCACCAGCCGGACGCUCGAGCGCCGGGCCGGCUCCCCCAGCACGGGCGCCGGCUGCGGCUCGUACAGCGCUGGCUGGAUCGAGCCCGAGGGGACCCACCAGAGGACCAUGUGGUCCUACGUGGGCGAGGGCCGCGGUGGGUACGAGCAGGUGUGCUCGUACAACUUCGUCGGCGACGGCGUGGGCAGCUACGCGCCCGAGACCGUGUCGACGCCGUACGGGGCCAAGCCGGGCAGCCGCGCCGUCUGCCUCUGCCUCACGCUCGCCGUGCUGCUGGGGUCGCUGCUGGCGCUGUGGCUCCUGCACUCGCGGGCGGCGCCCGAGCCCGUGGCCGACCUGCAGGUUCGAUGCUUCGGCGGC